CGGCUCGCGUGUUGACCCCCAUCAUCGAUCUAUGCGCGCCUGCGUUGCCCUGCUUCUCGCGUGCGCCAAGCCGUUCUUUGCCCUGGUUCUCGAGGCCCCAUGCUGUUCCGAGAAGGUGCACAUUCCAGCUGACUUUGGCGCACACCAUGCCCUCCAGGAGCACGAGCUACUUCUGGCGUCACCGCUUGACUUGUGCGCACCACUCGCUCGCGAGCUCAAUGCGACCGGCAAGGUCCUCCUCGCGCGGCGCGGCAAGUGCCGCUUCGUCACGAAAGCACUCCUUGCGCAACGCGCCAACGCGUCGGGUCUCAUCGUCAUGGACGAUGUCGACCGGGAACGGUGGGAAGUUCGGAUGCACAGUGACGAGCACGACGCGACGACGCCAGCGAUGACCAUUCCCGCGGUCUUUGUGUCGCACGCCACGGGCCGCGAACUCGCUGCGCAUGUUCGCGCUGGCUACGUCGCCGUGUCGCUCAACGGCACGGGCGAAGUCGACACGAUCACACAAUACCUCGAGCGCUAUGACCUCAGCGCCGAGCACGUCCGGCUCGUCCACGCGGCCCUCGACUUUGGCCAGGCCAUGCUGCCCUACAUGGGCUACGCCUACGCGAUAUCGUUCGCCUAUGUUCUCUUGAGUAGCCUCUACACGCUGCUUCUCAACUGGUCCGCGGCCGUCGCGCGGCGAAUGUUUUUACACGGCCCGUGGCGCCACUUGAACGUCGUCUCGUACAGCCAGCACUUGGACCUAAUGAUGCUGUCGGGCGAUGCGGCAUGCUGCGCGAUCUGCCUCGACGAGUUUGGUCCGUGCCAUCAAAUCAAGCCUCUUCCGUGCACGCACAUUUACCAUCGAAGCUGCAUCGACAAGUGGUUCGAGAAGGGCAGCAACGCGUGCCCGCUCUGCAAGCGACCCGCCUUUCCAUGA